AUGGCUAUAGACAGUGCCUGCAUUAUCGGGCGGCGAGAGAAAGGACACUUAGGAGCGGUCGGUAAUGUAGUAAAUGCAGAUGAUGUUACUGCGGCCACUAGCAAGGAGAAGGCUGAAGUUCUAAAGAGCUUCUUCGAGAAGGUCCACCUGCCGGACUUAGGAAAGCCGUUGCCUGACCUACUGAGUAGGCUCCCCGAGCAGCACAUGGCUCUGUUUGUCUUAGAAACAAACGAGGUAGAAGCAGCACUGAAACAGUUAGAUGAAAACAAGGCCGCGGACCUGGAUGGGCUGCAUCCACAAAUUCUGCUACCCAUUGCUGACAUCAUCGCAGGUGCGCUGGCUCAGUUUUUCAACCGAUUCCUGGCCUCAGCAACGCUGCCGGCCGACUAG